AUGGCCUACUGUAAGGAUGGGGGGUGGGAUAAAAUGGGGAUCUCCUACCAGGACUCCAACUACAGGCGCUCUAUUCCAGCUGAAGAGCGCCUGUCCAUCUGUCUGCGGUUUCUUGCCACUGGGGACUCCUACAGGACCAUUGCGGGGAGCUUCAGAGCGGGCAUAUCCACCGUCUCCAUGCUCAUCCCAGAUGUGGUGGCAGCCAUCUGGGACUGCCUCGUGGAGGAGUUCAUGGCUGUGCCUGGAGCAGAGGAGUGGAGAUCCAGCGAUGGAGGCAUCGUGUCCAACUCUGCCUUUGUUCCACCUGACGACCCGGUGAUAGCUGGAUUUCCAGUGGUCAGCCUGAGGGCCGGGGACCACCUGAACCUCACGUGCCACGCCGACAACGCCAAACCAGCUGCCUCUAUCAUCUGGAUACGGAAUGGACAGGUGCUGAGCGGAGCCAUGUACUCCAAGACCCUGCUGCGGGACGGGAAGCGGGAGAGCACCGUCAGCACCCUGUACCUGUCGCCCUCCAACAUCGAGUCGGGUCAGCACAUCACCUGCAGGGCGUCCAACAAGGCAGCGCCCAACGGCAAGGACGCCACCGUCACCAUAGACAUCCAACACCUGCCCAUCGUCAAUCUGACAGUGGAGCCGCAGCCCGUUCUGGAGGGAAACCUGGUCCGAUUCCACUGCGGAGCCAAGGCCAAUCCACCUGUCAUCUACUACAGGUACAUUCAUUUAUGUACAGGCGAGUAA